UUUGGUGGAAAGAGUACAGUACUGUGGUACUGUGAGACAGGUCUGCUGUACCACAAUGAUCGGAGGACUGUCUGCUUUGAUUCUUCUUAGUACAACAUCCUUUCUUCAUACUGCAGAGGUUCCUCAUCUGAUCUCUUUGACUACACUUGAACUUGGUGGAAAUGCCACUUUUCACUGUCCGUUCUCUGAGAAGGCAGACAGAUUCUUCCACUGGUAUAAGCAGUCUCUUGGGAAAAUGGUUCAAACAGUAGCUACAGUAGUUUAUAAGAAGAUAGAGCUCAUCAGUCCAUUUAAUCAUACACGUUUCCAUGUCCAUAAAUCAAAUGAUCAGUGUGUUCUUACUAUCAAUCACAUAAACAAAGAGGAUGAAGCAACAUACUUUUGUCAAACUGGAUCCGAGUUUUUACAACAUUUCGUUAGAGGAUUCUUCUUGGCUGUAAAUGGUAAAAUAUGCUACAUUAUGAUUGAUUAUAAUCACCAGACAUCUGUUUAUGUGACACAAACUCCAAAGUCAUCAUCGGUCCAACUGGGAAACACGGUCACCCUCCAGUGUUCAUUUCUCACCAAGAACAAAGAAAGCAGUGCUCAGUGUCCCAGUGACCGCAGUGUGCACUGGUUCAAAAGUGGAUCAGGAGAAAACCAUCCAAGUAUCAUUUAUAGAAAUUUCACUCAUAGUAACAACAUGGAUGAUACAGAGAGACGCUGCAUCUACCAUCUGUCCAAAACCAUACAGAACCUCUCUGAUACUGGGACUUACUACUGUGCUGUCGUCACAUGUGGAGUGAUACUGUUUGGUGAAGGAUCUAAAGUGGACACAAGAACUGAAGUGGACCCAUUGAUUCUUACUCUUGGAGGACUGUUGAUCUGCUCUGUGACUGUAAUCAUCGUCCUCAUUUCCUGCAUGACUUAUUGUCAUUUCAAAGGAGCAACAAGUGUUUCUCAUCGUCUGGGACAUAACAAGUCAGUUGCAAAUCCGACAAAUGAUUUGGAUGGAGAAGAAAAAGAUGUUAACUAUGCACCGUUGGAUUUCUCUACAAGGAAGAUGAGAGAAGGAAAAAAGAAGAAGAGUGACUAUGCAGACUGUGUGUACUCUUUUGUCAAAUCAGAAGAACAAAACCAGCAGUAGCCUUCUCUCAGAGGAGAA